AUGGUCUCUAAAUCGAGAUGGGGAAAUAAGAACUGGCGAAUGACGAGUCGCGGGCUCGAUAUGCUUUCAGUCUUACGGUGCUACCUCCGACUCGGGCUGUGGCACGUUGCUGCCGUUGAGGUUGCCAUUCAACUCGGCCAGGAGUUUUGUUUCCAAGUGGACCGGCGCCCCGAUACGACGUGCUUAGGGCUGGGGGAAAGGGAAACUUUGACGGUGACCAGUCAUAACCCGGUACAGUACACCGGUGACGAUAAAAGUAAACAAGCAGAUCACACAAAAUACAGCCACUGUGGGCGGAAGGCGGCGGGAGAAGGACUUCGGGCUUUUCUUAACCACCGUCAUUGGCCGCCCAGCCAAAAAAGCACGCCGGCCGGCCAAGAACUCACUUUUUCUUUGCUCGGUUGCUUCAGGCUUCUUACCAAUUAG